AUGCCCUUUGCUUCAACAGAUACAUACUAUUUGGGUCUUGAUUUGUCAACGCAGCAAUUGAAGUGUUUGGCAAUCAACCAAGCUUUGCAAAUUGUCCACUCGGAGACUGUGGAGUUUGACAAGGAGCUUCCUCAUUAUGAGAGCAGGAAGGGUGUCUAUGUCAAUGGAGAUGUCAUAGAUUGUCCAGUACUAAUGUGGAUUGAGGCUAUUGACUUGGUGUUCAAGAAGUACGUCAAGGCACAAUUCCCGCUUAGCCAAGUACAUGCUAUUUCCGGUUCUUGCCAGCAACAUGGUUCUGUAUAUUGGUCGGAGGAAGGGGAGGCUUUAUUGGAGAAGUUACAAGACAAGUCUUCAGGCUCUUUGAUUGACCAUUUGGAUAGUAGUGCAUUUUCCAGGCAGACCGCGCCCAACUGGCAAGAUCAUAGUACGGGCGCACAAUGCAAGGAGCUAGAAAGCAUUGUGGGGGGACCUGGGAAGUUGGCGGAAUUAACUGGUUCAAGGGCCCAUUUUAGGUUUACGGGUCCACAGAUCCUGAAAGUAGUAGAGACGGAAGGCGCAACUUACAAGAAGACUGCUCGCAUAAUGCUUGUCUCUAACUUCCUGGCGAGUGUAUUUUGCGGUAAGUUUGUAGGUUUAGAAGAAGCCGAUUCGUGUGGGAUGAACCUCUACGAUAUCCCAAGCAGGAAACUAAACGAUAAAUUGUUACAGUUCAUUGAUAGUAAAUCUGAUGGACAAGAUGGAUUGUUGCAGAAGUUAGGGGGCGAGCCCAUGGAGUGCAAGACACCAACUCCAGUAGGGAAAAUAGCCCGGUAUUUCGCUGACGUUUACAAGUUAAACCCGGAAUGUUCUAUUUUCCCUAUGACCGGUGAUAACUUGGCCACAAUCUGUUCAUUGCCCUUGCAAAGCAAUGAUGUUUUGAUAUCUCUGGGUACCAGCACGACAGUGCUACUGGUUACCGACCAGUACCAUACUUCUCCAAACUACCAUAUGUUUACUCACCCAACGAUUCCAGAUCAUUACAUGGGGAUGAUCUGCUACUGUAAUGGUUCUUUGGCGAGGGAGAAGGUAAGAGACCAGCUAGAAAAUGACAAAUCCUGGACCAAAUUCAACGAUGCAGUAAUGGACGACUCUCUCGACACUUCUGACGAGUUGGGGAUAUAUUUCCCAUUCGGGGAGAUUGUCCCCAGUGUAUCUGCUACAUACAAGAAGGUUAAAUUCGAUAAAUCGACUGGCCAAAUUACCUCAACGGUCUCGAAUUUCGACAACGCGAGACAUGACGCGAAGAACAUUGUAGAAUCUCAAGCGUUGAGCUGCCGUGCACGGAUCUCGCCGUUGCUUAAUGCGGUCAGCGAUCCAUCUCCAAAGGAUAAAAACUUGACAGUGACCUUCGACUACGAUACAAAUGUGCCCCUGAGUGAGUACACCUGUAAGAGACCCAAGCGAGUCUUCUUCGUAGGCGGGGCCUCCAAGAAUGAUGCCAUUGUCAAGAAAUUCGCUCAAGUACUGGGCGCAACGGAGGGGAACUACCGCCUCGACACCCCAAACUCGUGUGCCCUCGGUGGGUGUUUCAUCGCAAUGUGGUCCGAUGCAUUUGUGUCCAAGCGUACUAACUUACCGUUUGACCAAUUCUUGAACAAAAACUUCCCCUGGGACUCGCUAGAUUUUGUAUGUCAAUCGCAGACCGCUCAAUGGGAGAAUUACAAUAAGAUGCUUGUCCCAUUGAGUCGGCUGGAGGCCAUGUUAGACUGA